CGAGGACUCGUUCUACGAAGCUGCAGUCGCCCCCAGCUCAGCUAGGCUCCUCUCGGCUCCGCUCGGCUCGGCUUGCCCGGCUCAGCUCAGUUCCGCUCAGUUAAGCUCCGCUCAGUUCAGCAUGCUGCGUGCCGCCCUCACCACCGCCCGCCGCGGGCCGCGCCUGAGCCGCCUGCUGUCCGCUGCCGCCACCAGCGCGGUGCCAGCCCCCAACCAGCAGCCCGAGGUCUUCUGCAACCAGAUCUUCAUUAACAAUGAGUGGCAUGACUCUGUCAGCAAGAAAACCUUCCCCACCGUCAACCCUUCCACGGGGGAGGUCAUCUGCCAGGUAGCUGAAGGGAACAAGGAGGACGUAGACAAGGCAGUGAAGGCCGCUCGGGCAGCCUUCCAGCUGGGCUCGCCCUGGCGCCGCAUGGAUGCAUCUGACCGGGGCCGGCUGUUGUACCGAUUGGCCGAUCUUAUCGAACGGGACCGGACAUACCUGGCGGCCUUGGAGACCCUGGACAAUGGCAAACCUUACGUCAUCUCCUACCUGGUGGAUUUGGACAUGGUCCUGAAAUGUCUCCGCUAUUAUGCUGGCUGGGCGGACAAGUACCACGGGAAAACCAUUCCCAUUGACGGCGACUUCUUCAGCUACACCCGCCAUGAGCCCGUGGGCGUGUGUGGACAGAUCAUUCCGUGGAACUUCCCACUCCUGAUGCAAGCAUGGAAACUGGGCCCAGCCUUGGCAACCGGAAACGUGGUGGUGAUGAAGGUGGCCGAGCAGACGCCGCUCACGGCGCUCUACGUGGCCAACUUGAUCAAGGAGGCAGGCUUUCCCCCUGGCGUGGUCAAUAUCGUUCCUGGAUUUGGCCCUACCGCCGGGGCUGCCAUCGCAUCCCAUGAGGAUGUGGACAAAGUGGCGUUCACAGGCUCCACCGAGGUUGGUCACCUAAUCCAGGUUGCCGCAGGGAGCAGUAACCUCAAGAGGGUGACCCUGGAGCUGGGGGGGAAGAGCCCCAACAUCAUCAUGUCGGACGCAGACAUGGACUGGGCUGUGGAGCAGGCCCACUUUGCCCUGUUCUUCAACCAGGGCCAGUGCUGCUGCGCCGGCUCCCGGACCUUCGUGCAGGAGGACGUGUAUGAUGAAUUCGUGGAACGCAGUGUGGCCCGGGCCAAGUCUCGGGUGGUGGGCAACCCCUUCGACAGCCGGACGGAGCAGGGGCCGCAGGUGGAUGAGACGCAGUUUAAGAAGAUCCUUGGCUAUAUCAAAUCAGGACAGCAAGAAGGGGCGAAGCUGCUGUGUGGUGGGGGCGCCGCCGCGGACCGUGGCUACUUCAUCCAGCCUACCGUGUUCGGAGACGUGAAAGACGGCAUGACCAUUGCCAAGGAGGAGAUCUUCGGACCAGUGAUGCAAAUCCUCAAAUUCAAGACCAUAGAGGAGGUCGUGGGGCGAGCCAAUAAUUCUAAGUACGGGCUGGCAGCAGCCGUCUUCACGAAGGACCUGGAUAAGGCCAACUACCUGUCCCAGGCGCUCCAGGCUGGCACUGUAUGGAUCAACUGCUACGAUGUAUUUGGGGCCCAGUCCCCAUUUGGCGGCUAUAAGAUGUCGGGGAGUGGCAGGGAGCUGGGCGAGUAUGGGCUGCAGGCCUACACGGAAGUGAAGACGGUCACCGUCAAAGUGCCACAGAAGAACUCGUAAAGCGGCACGCCGGCUUCUUCCGCCGAAAACCCAACAGGAUGCUGAGAAAAACCACGCACACUGCACCUCCAAAGAGAAACCCCAUCACCAAAGUGUCUUGAGCCCAGAAAGUCAGAAUUUGCUAAACAGGGCGGGGUGGGGCUGGUGGG